AUGCAUUUCCUCACUUCAACCAUCUUUGUCACCCUCCUCGGUGUUGCCACCGCUUUCCCAGGCCUUACUCCUCGCCAGAACUUAAAGAAUGCAAUUCUCAUCUGCCCCAAUGCCGAGGCAACCUUCGCUGACCCGAAAGUCAACAUGGGUGCCGUUUGCACCCGCACUUACAGCUGCCAAUACGGCAGUGAUGGUAUCAAGAGCGGCAAUGUCUGGACCAACUCCUGCACUGGCUGCCCUCCAGACCAGAACGUGAACUCUUUCGGCAACUGUAUUUUUCAGUACGUUUGA